AUGGCCGCAGGGGAAGAAGUCUGGGAAGCUCUCCCUCCUGGGGAAGCAAAGUCUGUCUGGGCUGAGACAGAAGACAAUUUUUGGAGGGAUCUCCGCAGCAAGAAAGAUAUAGAAAACAGGAAGAUCGAAAAAGAGUUCCAGCAUUCACUCAGCGAAGUACGGCUAAAACUUAGUGAACUAAAGGGACAGCGAAGUCAGUUAAAGGAAUCUCAAGGUCGUUUAGCCAGGGAGCUUGCCAAAGUCGAGGCCGAGCUGGCGCGUACUACGGAUGAGUGUGAAGAGAAGGCAGAACGACUGGUUCGUAUCGAGCAAGAUUAUUACGAGUCGCGCAGGAAGCGAACGGAAGCCCAACAUAACAUCUGGGCCAAAAUGCGUCGCUUCUUCAGAGAAAAGAGGGGAGAGGACCCAGAUACCCCCGAGACUAGGGGUCCCGAAUCAGAGGGCCUCGUUUUGCCCGACAUGCUGCCAGAAUUGCCUUGGCCUCCCAACGGGCCAGUGCUACAGAGAGAGCCCGUUAAUGGCUCUGCCGCAGAAGAAGCCGAUCAUGCAAACCAUGAGGACUAUAUGGAGGGUGUUGAACAGCAUGGUUACGAAACCGCCGAGACCCUUGUUAAUGUUGUUGAUGCUGACGGUAAUGUGAUCGGACCUGUGGAACACAUCGAACCGUGGAACCAGUGGGUAGAGGGUAUACAAGAGCUAGAGAUUCGAAGACCAGUCAAGAUCCGAAAAGGACGACGUUUCAACACAACCCAUCUUGCAACCAUUUACGAGCGAACUGAGGCAAAGGGAGUUAAGUGGCUAUCCUGUAUGAUUCAAGCUACUGGGGAAAUACAGUCCAAACGAUGCCAAUCAUGCGACAAGAACCAAGGCGCCUUUGACGAUUGCAUUAUUGUCGGAGGAGACCUAUACCAGAAAUGCGGUAACUGUGAAUGGAAUCGUCAAGGAUGCCACGGAGCUUCAGGAGACACGAUCGACAUUAUCGCUUCUAGGGCCAGAGCGCGGCAGAAUAAAGAACGCGAAGUGGCAGCAGGUGAAAUAUCCGCAGAAAAUCUCCAGGCGAAGGAAUCUCAAACACUCGAAGUUCAGACAAGAGAUCAACCGGAUCCUCAACAUGCCCAGCCGACUGAGGAACAAGUUUCUGUCAAUUCUCGAUCCCAUUCACCGCAGCCUAUUCUGCAGCAUGCGGUUGAGCGAUCAUCUGAACGACAACCGGAGACACAACCCAAUCCGCAGUCUGAACAAGCUGUUGCCCGUCAAGUUGACCAACCAGUUGAACGCCUGCCAGAACGACCAUUGGAGCGAAUUUCCGAUCAUACCCCAGAGAGGCUUCAUGAUGUAAUCUCUGCAAAGGCCCCGGAACGAAUUGUUGCGGUAGCACCUAUGGCGCCUAUGCAAAUCGAUGAACCUCGUGAGACAGUUCAUAGGCCAGUCCACGACUCUUCUCACAAUCGCCCCAGCACUGCCCCUAGGACAGACUAUGCUCCGGAGCGCAUGAUAGAUCCCGUGGAUACGUCUCCCGCCCAAACUCAGGCUGGGCCUCUCCGGGAGGCGCCGCGAUCUACACUUCCGUCAAGUGCGCCGCGGCAUGCCCCUCAAGAUAUUCCUCGCUCUCCACCCGAACGCGAAACCCCUAUUAAAGACUCUCGUGGCUCUGAAAGUAUCCGAACACCGCGCGAGUCGGAGCAGGUGCCUACUCCAAAGGAGUACCGAGUGACCUCUGGCUUCACACCAGCCAAUGUGAGAAGCCGACCCCCAUCUAGUGAGCGAGGUCGACCAACUCCGCCUUUGUUACCAACCGGCGACCUUUCUUCUCAACCUCCAGAAUCACCCCCUGCUGCCGCCGAAGAAGAGAUUACUCGUGAAAAUAUGAUUCUCAAGCACGAUGGAGUAGUCUACACCUAUCCCGAAUGCGUGGAGGGAGUGCCUCUAGUCAAGAUCAACGAGAGACAUCCCUAUUGGGAGCCCAACUGGCAAAAUGUGAAGUCACUCAUUGAGCCGCAACUUGCUCGAUGGCGCGAGAAGCAUCAAGCCGCCAUUGAGGCUGGCCCAAAGCAGGAGAAGGGCGGCUCUUCCAAGUACCAAAUCGGCAGACAGGUUAAUCGUGGGAUUAAAAUCCUCGAAUUCCACGAAAAAGGCCCCAUCAGCCCAUAUCAGUUACUUGGCAAGAAGUACAUCCAGUCGGGUAAGGGUGGUAUUACCUCUCGACUGGAUGCGGCAGCGUCUUCAUGA